CUCAUAUGUUUACCACUUGCUGCCAACAAUGUGACACUUGACCCGUAUCGCGAAGUUAUUUAGUUCGACGAAUAAAUCCAACAAGUGAGAGUGUGCAGAUAUCGAGCACUUUCAAAGUCAAAUUUCACUUUCGGUAACUAUGAAGCGUGUCCUAAUUCUCAAGUCAGAAUCCGACAGUUCGGAAAUCUACGCGAGUCUCCUUGCGGAGAAUAAUUUCGAGGCAGUGUUCAUUCCAACGUUGGGUUUUGGCUUCAAGAACUUGGAGGAGCUCCGAGGGAAGCUCUUGGCUCCAGAAAAACACAGUGGCCUGAUAUUCACGAGUCCUCGCUGCGUGGAUGCUGUCCAAAGUGCCUUGCAGGGCGCCCCGCUGCCUGAACAAUGGAAGGAGUUACAUAAUUACUGCGUCGGUGAAGUAACGCACAACUACAUAAAAUCAUGCUUGGACGGGCUGAACUCGCUGGGAAAGGAGUCGGGGAACGCCAACAACUUGGCGGAUUACAUCAAAGAACAAUUCGAGGGCAAUAAGUCGUUGCCGCUGCUGUUCCCUUGCGGCAAUUUGCGUACCGACGCUCUGUUGGUGAAGCUUAUGGACGCAGGGUUCCUGCUGGAUGCCUGCGAAGUGUACGAGACGAUUCCUCAUCCGGACCUCGCCGAGAAUCUCAGUGAAGCCCUGAAGGCAGAGAACGUGGAAUUCAUCGCGUUUUUCAGUCCAUCAGGCGUGAAUUGCUGCUACGAGUACUUCACGAAGAAUAAUGUUAACUUGACCAACAAGAAACUAAUCGCCAUUGGGCCGAGCACUCGAAAAUCAAUGGAAAACAAAGGUCUGACCGUGUAUAGAACCGCAGAGAAACCGUCCGUAGAGUACCUGAUCAAAGUCCUCCUCAACCCCGACGGGGCGGCUCCUACAGCAUCCGAAAAUGGAACAAAGGACGAGUGACACAAACCUAGCGAGUCUUGAUUUGAAACUUUAUUGCUAAACAUCUCCUGGGAGUAAUUAUCACACGAAAAACUAUAACAAAAAUUAUUAAAUUGGCUGGAAAACCGUCCGUCCUGCAGUAGCGGCUGGCGCCCUCCGCGAAGUCGUCCCUAAGAUACUGAUUCGUCGUGGCCGGACCCUUUGCCGUACGACUCGCGCGGGUGCAAUCUAAAACAGAGAAAAAGUGAUUGGAUUAGUUUUGGAUCGAUUUAGAUUUUGUAGCUUUGCAAUUUGUUAUGUUUUUAUUUGCUUCGCUGAAUUUAGUUUAAAAAUAGACGAGCGGCCGAGGAACGGUCCGUCUAAUAGCGGUUCAGCGAGAGCUGCAAGUUUUGUACAUAUUUAUCUCGAGGUAGAGGUGGACAAUGGCUGCUUUUGCUUUCAGCAUUUUAUCAAUAAAUUUUUAUUAUUCUUUA